AUGCAUACUUCAGUACAUUGGCUGUCAUCCAUUGCGUUGGCUUUUCUGGGCUCAACAAGUGCUUUGGAAUCACAUCCAUCCUGUCCACCUCUCGGACCAGACUAUCCACCGCCAUCAAGUCUAUCAACCGACCCAAUCUUCAAAGUUGCGGUCCAAGAAAUCAUCUCAUCACUGGACCAAGUCGCCAUCAAUGGAAGUCUCCAUGACGACUCACUCUCCGUGCAAAUCUUCAGUGGUCGCGACACAAAUCCACUCAUGUACUUUGCAUCAACUUCAGAGACCAUCAACACGACGAUUGGUGUGAGCAGUGUCACCGAGGACACUGUGUUCCGUGUGGGCAGCGUGUCAAAGUUGUUUACGGUGACGUUGCUGCUGAUCGAGGAAGGGCUAUGGGCAUUCUCAGAGCCUAUCGCAAAAUAUGUCCCCGAACUGCGCGAGGCUGCCGAAAAGCUCCAGUGGGAUCCUCGCAAUAGGCGAGACACGAUCGAUUAUGUGGACUGGGGGGCGAUCACUAUUGGAGAGCUUGCUAGCCACAUGGCUGGUAUUCCCAGGGAUUACGGAGUACUGGACCUGUCUGGCCAAGCGUCGAUGAUGGAAAAACUUGGCUUUCCUGCACUCUCUCCAUCGGAGAUUCCAUCUUGUGGGGAUCCUGAUCCGUGCAAUAGAGAACAGUUCUUCCAGGGCUUGAUCCGACGACAUCCCAUCGUCCCGACAUCGUCGACCCCAGUGUAUUCCAAUGCUGCAUUUCAGAUACUCGCCUACGCUUUAGAGGGGAUGACUGGUGAAUCAUUUGCGACGCUUCUCCAAGAGGAUCUAGUGAUUCCCCUCGGUAUGAAUGCCACGUUCUACACAGCACCGGACAUGUCCCUUGGAGUGAUUCCCAUCCAGGACGGUGAACACUGGUGGACAUUUGACAUGGGUGACGAGGGCCCAGCCGGUGGCAUCUAUUCCAGCACAAAAGACAUGGCCACCUUGGGGCAGGCAAUUCUCAGCAGCUCCUUAUUACCGGCGUCCACCACAAGACGAUGGAUGCAACCUCACGUUCACACAGCCUCUCUCGACAGUUCCGUCGGCGCCCCCUGGGAAAUCAUCAGGCUGGAUAAUCCCCGCGCCACAGACGUGUACACAAAGGCAGGCGACAUUGGGGCUUAUUCGUCCAUGAUUGCCCUCUCUCCCGACUACGACAUUGGGUUCACAAUCCUCCUCGCCGGCUCCGACAGCCACUCCAAAGUCGCCUUAGCAGCAGAUCUGAUCUCUGCCCAGCUCUUCCCAGCCCUCGAAGCCGUGGCCAAAAACCAAGCGGCCCGCCGAUUCACCGGCGCCUAUGCCUCGGAACAAGGCAUGAAUUCCACCAUGUCCAUCAUGACAGAUGACGGACCGGGACUAGUCAUCACAAGCUGGAUCAAUAAUGGAACUGAUAUGAUGGAAUCCUUGAUGACGAUGGGCCAUGUGCAAGAUCCGUCAUCCUUCAAUGUUCGACUCUAUCCAACGGGGUUGGAGAGUCCCGGUCAGAUCUCCUUUCGAGCAGUGUUGCCCGUGGAACUCUCGACGGCGGGGAAUGGUCCGUUUACCUCUGGAUGUCUCACCUGGGUCACCAUGGACGCACAGGUUUAUGGUAGUGUGGGUAUGGACGAGUUUGUAUUUGACCUGAAUGAUAUGGGAAUGGUGAACCGGAUCACGCCUCGAGCACUACGGGCAUCUCUAGUGAAGAUUUGA